UAGCGGAGGGAGGGAGGUGUGAGUGCAGUAGGAGGAAGAGCAGGAUGGCGGAUCGGAGAAGAACUCGGAGCUCUUACUGACGGCAACCUCUAAAACAUGCACCCUACGCCAUCCCUUUCUCUUCUCCCUGUUCUUAUCCUGGUGAGAAAAAUUGUGCUGUUUAACUGAGCAUGAGGCUACUGGCCUCCUUGAUGGACUUCUGGCCUCAUCCAGCUUCCACCCUUUUCUUUUUAGUGUUUUAAUGGGUCGAGCAGCCAGGUUGAUCAGUUUUAAUAAAAGCAGUAAACAAGCUAAGGAAGGGGAGAGGGGAAGAAGGAGACUCUGGGUCUCGUGCUCUGUCUGGUCAGGGUGCUUUCACCAUGAGCAGCACUUUGGGCAAAGACUGCAAGGACAAGGAAGCUAAAGCGCUCACAGGCAAGGAGCGCGAAAAGGAUCCCAAGGUGCCUUUGGGUCUUGGCAAAGAGGGCAAGGAGCCCAAAACCAAAGGGAAAGAUGCCAAAGACGGAAAGAAGGAUGCAAGCAGCGCGCCGCCAGCCGUCGCCUUUUCAUUGGACAACACGAUAAAGCGACCAAACCCGGCGCCUGGCGCUCGCAAAAAGUGUGGCAACGCAGAGGUGGCUAAAGAGCUCGGCAAAUGCCGCGACGAGAACUCGAUACGCCUGGAUUUGUCCAAGCGUUCUAUUCAUGUGCUGCCGUCAUCCAUCAAGGAGCUGACGCAGCUCACUGAGCUCUACCUGUACAGCAACAAGCUGCAGAGCCUACCAGCUGAGAUGGGCUGCCUGUCUGGCCUGGUUACACUGGCACUCAGCGAGAACUCGCUCACCAGCCUGCCAGACUCGCUGGACAACCUGAAGCGGCUGCGCAUGCUCGACCUGCGGCAUAACAAGCUGCGUGAAAUCCCUGCCGUCGUGUACCGACUCGCAUCGCUCACCACACUUUACCUGCGCUUCAAUCGCAUCACCGCCGUAGAGAAGGACAUCCGCAACCUGAACAAACUCACUAUGCUCAGCAUCCGUGAGAACAAGAUCAAGCAGCUGCCCGCCGAGAUUGGUGAGUUGUGUAACCUCAUCACUCUGGAUGUCGCCCACAAUCAGCUGGAACACCUUCCAAAAGAGAUCGGCAACUGCACACAGAUCACCAACCUGGACUUGCAGCACAACGAGCUCCUGGAUUUACCUGAGACUAUAGGAAAUCUUUCGAGUAUAAACCGCCUGGGUCUGCGAUACAACAGGCUGUCCGCGAUUCCUCGAUCACUUGCAGAGUGCAGAGAGUUGGAGGAGCUAAACCUCGAGAACAACAACAUCUCUGUGCUACCUGAGGGCCUGCUUUCAAGUUUGGUAAACUUGACAAGUUUGACGUUGGCUCGUAACUGUUUCCAGUCGUAUCCGGUGGGUGGCCCGUCACAGUUCUCCACCAUCUACUCACUAAACAUGGAGCACAACCGUAUCAACAAGAUUCCCUUUGGCAUCUUUUCACGUGCCAAGGUCCUCGGAAAGCUCAACAUGAAAGACAACCAGUUGACGUCGCUUCCGCUGGAUUUUGGGACAUGGACUAGCAUGGUGGAGCUAAACCUUGCCACUAACCAGCUAACCAAAAUCCCAGAAGACAUCUGUGGCCUUGUGUCUCUUGAGGUCCUCAUAUUAUCUAAUAAUCUCCUAAAGAAGUUGCCUCAUGGGAUAGGAAACCUGCGAAAGCUGCGUGAACUCGACCUUGAAGAGAACAAGUUAGAAUCUCUUCCCAAUGAGAUUGCCUAUCUUAAAGAUCUGCAGAAAUUGGUGUUGACUAAUAAUCAGUUGACAACUUUGCCAAGAGGGAUAGGUCACCUGACCAACCUGACUCACCUGGGCCUCGGAGAGAACCUCCUGCAACACCUGCCCGAGGAAAUCGGCACGCUGGAGAACCUAGAGGAGCUCUACCUGAACGACAACCCAAACCUGCACGGCCUGCCGUUUGAGCUAGCGCUGUGCAGCAAGUUGUCCAUCAUGAGCAUUGAGAACUGCCCGCUGAGCCAGCUACCGCCACAGAUUGUCGCCGGUGGUCCGUCCUUCAUCAUCCAGUUCCUUAAGAUGCAGGGACCAUACCGUGCCAUGGUCUGAUAACUGAGCUGGCAACAACGCUCUAAACAACACGAACAACAGUUGCAUUCCCAUUUACAGUCACAUGUCCGAGAGAAGAUCCAAGUUGGAUUGGCCGAAGUUGAAACCGAAUUAUUCAGACUAAAUCCCACACACACAACAGAUUUCUUUGAUGGUCAAUUUGAAAUUCCUUUAAGGUGUUAUUCUAAGGAAUGGAGAUCAGUUUAAUCCCUAGCUUGUUUGGGAUCUUUGAUUUUUAGUGUACAUGCAAGCAGAAGAACAAAAGUCAGACCGGCAUUGCCAACUGAAGUUAAAGCAGAAAUUAAGACAGUUGUAUGCAAAAACACAUAAACAGUGGGUUUCUUUCUUUAUUUCUUUUUUCUUUUUUCUUUUUCAUUUGCUGCUGCUGCCAUAAUCUGUUUGUUUUUUUAAUCAUGUUUAUCCUCCUGAUAUUUUAGACUUCGAUUAUUUUAAAGACCAUCCAACAGAUUUGUUUUUGUACAGAGCUUGUUGGGGAACACGGGAAUUCGCCUAAGCGUCUUUUUAUAUACAUAUUAUAAAUAUAAAUAUAUAUAUACAUAUAUAUAUAUACAUACACAAUUAAAUUGUGCCUAUCCAGCAUGUUUGGCUGGUGGUUGGUUGGGUUUUUUUCUUAACUAAGUUACUCCAAAGUGUUUCGUACAUGAUGAUGACGAUGAUAUUACGAUAGCAUAAUUUAUUAAAUAAUUUCUUUGGCAUUUUUGUAAUGUAUUACAUAUAUGUCCUUGUUUGAAAUUCAUUGUUUGUUUUUUAAUCUUCAGAUUUCUUGUUUAAAACUUGCUAAUAGCUCAAAAUGUCCUUUUAAUUGCAACAGUAAUUACCAAACUUAUAAACCAUUACAAACCAGCACUAGUUCUAUUUAGAAUAAGCAGUCUGAAGCAGACACAUUUGCUCAGUUGUAUCAGUAUCAAAUAAAGAACAAUUAUGAAA